UAAGCUAAGUGUCAUUAAAUCACUAGUAAAAACUUGUUAAGUUUUCUGAAAGUACAGUCUCGAACAAAAUGAAUCCUUCUCAAGUCACGUACUAUAGUAUAGCUAUAUAUAUGCAUUGUGAAAUGAAACUCAGUGAACGGAAUGUUCGUUUUAUACUUCCUUAACGUGGACUAGCAGAGAGGUAAGUGUAUACAAAAUACAUACCAGCAAUGACUAAACAAAGAAAUGUUGUGAGCGAGCCAUUAGCACUCUAUCCCUAAUCAUUAACCUCUCGACGUCGGCGUUUGCCCAACCUGUAUAAAUAUAGCUUCAUCAAGCUUAUAUUUACCAAAAGAUGCAUCAGAGGUUGAGUCCUUCCGGGGAGUGUGCGAAUGUGCCAGUGGAAAUAAUCUCUAAAUGAUUGUGAUGAUAGCAAAAAAUGAAAUAAAUAAAAUAAAAAAUUAUAAUACUUACAGAAGAUGACCGUAGAACCGGACGACAACAUUUAUGGCCGGCGAGUCAGCAGUACAUGGGUGUAAUGCUAUAAAAAUUACAAGGAGACGUGUCGUGGAUACCGAUGUCUUGACAUCGAGGAAAUGCCAAUGAGGAUUACUUAUACAGAGUAGUAUAUGAUUAACAACGUCCAGAUGAGGUGAGUGACACGUGGAAGUUAAGUAUCUUGUUCUUGUGACACCGCGUUGUGAAAAGUGGAGGCCAAAAUAAAAUCCACUGAAGACAAGUCCGUUUUAAUUUAAAUAAAUAAAUUUAAAAGGUUGUUUUAGCAGGACUAGUUUGGCUCACACACUAACACGUGUCUGUCUUCUUAAUCUUCUUGGUCUUGCUCUAAAAUACAGAUGAGAGAGCUCUUCCGUAAGCUCCGCGGCCAAAGAUGGUCACGAAUGGCUGGACUGGUGAGCGUUUACGCUCAGGCUAAGAUUGAUAAAGAUAAUGACCCGGGUUCUCGUAUCCACCAAGUAACGGUAGAAACAAAAGUGCUCCCUCGCCAUUACAUCUCACACAUCUGUAAAAUAAUAUAUUUAUAUAUUAUAUAUAUGUUUGCUUAAUGCGAACCCGGGAGGUGAGGAUAAGCCAGACGAUGGCUAAAAUUAACAAAUAAUCGUGAGCAACGUCAAAGCCUCUGGGGACAAUAAUUCUCUGGUGGAAUUCAGUCACUACGAUUGGUGUCAACCUGAAUCGAGAGCGCCUCUAGCAGUGGCUCGAAUUUCUCGAUAGCCUUCACUCGUACAAGUCUCCAAUAAUGUUAUGGGCCAAGGCUUAUUUUUAAAGUAUACGACGUUUAACUCCUCUAUCUUAUUCAAAGAAGAAAGGAAAAAAAUUCUUUUAACAAUCGGAGGGUAAACCGAAUUCUACGUAGAAGAGGACAAGUAUAAUAAUAAUAAUAAUUAUGGUUAUUGUCAUUAUUAUACUUCGCAACACUUUAAAAAAUGUUUAACAUGAAGUAGAUGAUUAUGCAGCGACCGGUUGAGCGUAUAUAUUUUUUGCAAGCAUUGAAAUACGCAUAUACCCUAGACGGCUCGAGACCUUCAGAGUAUCCAGUCCACGAGGAAGCUACCAGACCUUUUAAGGUCGCAUAAAAGGGGUUGCGGGCAGGGUUUCUUGGAAAAUGGUCACCGUGCUUGGCAUUGCGCGUUUCUUUGGGCAUCAACUGAUCAGCCGAAGAUGGAGGAAAGAGCAGAAGAAACGAAUCAUCGACCGGUUCGGCUCUUGCUCUUGGAGACACACUGUUCAGUCCAACUGGACCUCUUUCUCUGUCAAAAAAUCCAAAAAAAUUGCGACAGAGCUGAAAAGAUCAACUGAAAACGGAGCGGUGACACGACCCUCGGUGGCGAAGAAGAUAAAUAAAUAUAAUGAGUGCCCAGGAAGCUGGUAGCAGUAAAGACAAAUCAAAAGCACCGCCAAAAACUCGAAAUUACGGGGAAGUUAAAGAGAAUCCUCUGGAUACUCGCUUAUCCAAAGGCGAGAACAGUCAGAUCGGCGGUUGCGAUUCUCCUCAGCAAACGGCCAAUGUUUGCCCGAAACAUAAAGCUCACGAGUAUUUAACCAGCCAUAAAAUUUUUGAGCUCAACAACUACCUGAUCUCCCAUUUGUUGAUCGACGAGCCGGACAAUCCUAUCGAGUACCUGGCGGAUCUUAUUGAAAAGUGCCUACUAUUCAAAACUGGACAAGGACCACCCCCGCUUAUCUUUACAGACAGACACAUUGAUGGAAUAUUCCAGAGCUUCGAUCCAUUACACACUGGCAGUAUCACACUGGAUCAGUAUAAUACGGCUAUCAAGUUGCUUGGAAUCGCAGACUAUAAUCAGAAUCCACGGGAGUGUGUACCAGGCAAAGUAGACAAAGAAGUCUUCCAUGCAGAAGUAAAAAAAUGUAUGAUCAACGGAUUAGAAGAAAUAAUCGGUAAAAAUAGCAAGUAACUCCGUAAAUUAAUCACCAAUGUUUUUGAAACAUUCAUCCUAAAACAGAAACCAAAGAAGGUGAUUAGAGCUGAACUGCAUCAGCUGUUAGUGUCAUCGGAUACACUGCUCAAAAUGAUACACAUAAUAAAAAAUAAAUAACAAUCUGUACGAAGAAUUUACUUGCAACUAGCAAUGUAUGGACUUUAAAUGAAAAAAUGUUAUUUCUUCUUAACAUUUAUUUUUUCUACGCAUAACUCAGUUUUUUUUUCAAAGUAAAUAUGCUAAUGGUAAGAAAUCUACAUUAAUUUGUCACGGUUCAUUUGGAAUAAUCAGGUAUUUUUUUUUUAUUUACCUUUAAACUUUCCCAACCGUUGGUUUUUGU